AGCCCUCACAUUCCCCCCGCUUGGGUUUUCGCCAUCCUCCUCCCAAACUUUCUUCUUCCCUCUUCCCCUUCGCCCUCGCCUCGUCUCCCCUGCCUGCUCUAACCCUUGUACAGCUGAAGCUGCCCCCAGUAAUUCCCGCAAUUAGCCCCUCAGCGUCGAUGCGAAGAGGCAAGUGCGCAUGAGCCCAACACAACCCCCAAGCUCGAUUUCACUUUCUGUCUGCGUGCUAAUGAGACUUUUGUCCCACAGCCAUCGCCCUCUUUGGCCCUCUGAAGGUCGAAUUGACCACUCCAAUCCGUACCUCCACCACCGACCUCGUGCACAUCGGUUUCUCUUUUCCAAGAGUCGGAACGAGCUCCACCUUUCCACUGGCUUCUCCCCUCCCCCGGUCCCAUGGCGAUACCGUCAUGACACGCGGACGACAAUACCCUGCUGCACGACCCAUGAUGUGUCAUUCGAGUGCGCCUUGCGGCGUCAACAUUCUCAUGCCGAAAGGUCACAGGGACAGGGUGUCGUCAGCCCCCCUUUUCUUUCGCGUCGGAUUUCUGAGCUCCGUGGAGAAGCUAGAACGGCAGUGAAGGAGGCAGGACCAGCAACAUCCCUGAAGUGAGCGGCCAUAUGACCUCAGCUCUGGAGGUUGUCUGGCAAUCGUCCAGCAGCGGGAACGGCGAAGGAUCGGCCCCAUAGGACCAACGAGUUUUGUGCGAUUCACGCUGGGCAAUGGAGACUGACCGGAAAGAU